AUGUAUUUUGAUAUAAACCAGCUUUUAACUGAUAUUAGUUCUGCUAUUCUAACUUAUACUAAUAAUCCUAUACCCGAGUUACCAAAAGUCGACAUUGAGACUAGUCCCAAGAUAAGUGAUAUUUGA